ACAACAGCAAAUCAAUCAGAAAGAAAGAAAAGAAAAAAAAACUCAGACGAGUGUGAUUGAUAAAGAUGAUGAUCGGAGAUACUCGCCGGACUUAUCCAACGGUGGAGAUUCCAACGUGGCCCGUUUCCGAAGAUUUUACGGCGGGGGAUGUUUACUCUCCCGUGAUGAACAGUCCAGAUUGCAGCAUGCUUGAAGCUCUCGCGGCGCUGCAGCGUUACUUACCCUCUAACGAACCGGAUCCGGAUUCCGACCCGGAUCUAUUCGGCCCGGACUCUCCUAUCGACGCCUACUCAUGCGACCAUUUCCGCAUGUACGACUUCAAAGUCCGGAGGUGCGCUCGCGGCCGGAGCCACGACUGGACGGAGUGUCCGUACGCUCAUCCCGGAGAGAAGGCUCGCCGGAGAGAUCCGAGGAAGUACAGCUACUCCGGGACGGCUUGUCCCGAUUUUCGCAAAGGCGGUUGCGUUAAAGGAGACUCGUGCGAGUUCGCUCACGGUGUUUUCGAGUGUUGGCUCCAUCCGGCUCGUUACCGGACUCAGCCGUGUAAAGACGGCGGUAACUGUCGCCGGAGAGUUUGUUUCUUUGCUCACUCGCCGGAUCAGCUUAGGUAUCUCCCGAAUCGAAGCCCUGAUCGUGUUGAUUCAUUCGACGUUUCGUCUCCGAUGCGUCAUUCGUGCGCCAGAGCGUUUCAGCUGUCGAUUUCGCCGGUUUCCGGGUCGCCGCCGGUGAGUCCUAGAGCUGACUCGGGGAGUCAGUCGCUGAGUCGUUCACUCGGGUCUAACUCUAUAAACGACGUCGUGUCUUCGUUUAGGAACUUACAGUUUGAGAAGGUGAAAUCAUUUCCUCCGUCUUACAACAAUCCGUUACGUUGCUAUCAAUCCGGAUUCGGGUCGCCCCGAGGAUCCAUCUUGGGUCCUGGGUUUCAGAGUCUCCCCACAACCCCAACCCGACCCGGAAAUAUGGAUAUCUGGGAGAAUGGUAUAGAGGAAGAGCCCGCAAUGGAGCGGGUCGUAGAGUCGGGUCGUGAGCUGCGAGCAAAGAUGUUUGAGAAACUGAGCAAGGAGAAUUGCAUGGAUCGGGUUGAACCGGAUCCGGAUCAUAAUUCGGGUGAAGGUCCCGAUGUAGAGUGGGUAUCUGAGCUGGUGAUGUAGGAGGACAAGAUCCGAACUGUACCCGGAUCUCAAAUAUCGGCUUUUUUUCUGGGAUCUCUUCUAAGGAAAAGAGGAGGAGAUCUAGAAGUGUGUUCAUAUUAUUAUUUACUAAUUUCGCAUUAUCCGGUAAUAAUAUAUUAAAUAUGGAUUUUUGGGGAGGCUUUUUCUGAGCUUUGGAAUCUUGUUUGUAUAGAUGUGCCUAGGGUUUUAAUUACGGAAUAUUAAUAUAUAUUAUUAAAUAUUCUAUCGUGUUUAUUAAGACUAUAUGGUUAAAUGUAACGACUUGUUUAUUAUUCAGUAAA